AUGGCUGCUCCAAAUCUUCAGAGCAUCUUCUCUUCGGUUGACAGAGAUCGUUCGGGUCAAAUCUCAUCCGAUGAGCUUCAACGAGCACUCAGCAACGGCACGUGGAACCCAUUCAAUCCGGAGACUUGUCGACUUAUGAUCGACUCAAUCCUAGUUUUUUCACGAUCCAGAGCGAUGAAUUCGCAAUUGCACAAAGCGCAAAUAAUCCUCGAUCAGAAUAUCUAUCGACCCGGCGACUCGGUCACUGGAAAAAUUUAUCUUGAUUUGGGCAAAUUUUUCACAUGCGAUUACAUUGAGGUGAAACUUCUUGGGCAACUUCGGGUUUAUUGGUUGGAAGAGAAGGUAUCCGCCAUGUCACUCCGGCAGGCGACCGCUUUUGAGAAGAAGAGAAUCCUCGUCGAUCGAUCGGAAUGCGUUUGGAAGAAAGAUCCGAGUAUGGGAAAACAAGAGCCAACUCUAGAACAAAUCGUCGUUUUCGCACGCCCCACCGCGAUCCGAACAAAAUUACAAAGUAAUGCUGAGGUGCCCGGACUUGAGAAAGGUCACCACGAGCUUCCUUUCCACAUCGAUUUACCCAAAAGCGGCCUACUCUCGACGUUUGAGUCCAAGCAAUCGCCGGGCAGUGUCCAGUAUUGGAUCGAGGUUACUUGCUUAUACGAGACCCGGCAACUUUUGAAGCGCAAAGUGUUGUUCCCGGUUGUAAUCGAUAUGGAUUUGAACGAGAUGCCGAGGGUUCAUCUGGCUGUUGAAGAAAAGAAACGUUUCCCUUUUGCACAAAAUAACUACGUGGAUGUGACGAUGAAACUCCCAAAAUCUGCCUUCACCCCUGGGGAGACAAUCGACGCGGAGAUAACCCUCGAAAAUCGAUCUAAGAAAUCGGUCAAAUAUUGCACGAUGAACAUCUUACAAAACCAUUAUUGCUUUUCGGAGAAUCCGCACGUAGCGACGAAAGAGACGAGAUACGAGACACCGGGCCUCCCAAUGCCGAUCGAUAAAGUGAUCUCCGGCGCCUCGCAGACUUAUCAGACGAAGGGUCAUUUUCAUGUACCAGCUCUACCCCUAGCCACAUCGAUUGACAACUUCUUGAUCGUUGAAUACUUUCUGCAAUUGACGAUUGGUUUCGAGAGAAAUCGACGAGCGGCAGCUUUCGGAAAAGUUUUAAUUCCCAUCCAAAUCGGAACGAUUCCGUUGAGAAGAAGAUCUGAUCCACAACCAAUCUUGCCGGCAAUCCGUGGACAGACCACACCAAGUCCUCCACUCGUCAAUGAAAUGGUACUCUUCGAUUCCCCGCCCGACUAUGCGAGCUAUCAAAUGAUCACCCAUUCCCGUGAUCCCACCCGUUCACCACCACCCAAAUAUGAGGACAUCGACCAAAUGGCGGCCUUUAAUCAGGAGCUCGAGAAAGAUUGUCGAUUG